GAGCCUCCCCGCCCCUCCCCCUCUCCUUUCCCCCGCCGCGCUCGAGCUGGGAGCGCGCGGCCGGCGCGGGCCCGCAUCCCCCCCCGGCCCCCCCCAUGCAGGACACCGAGGAGAGCCCGGCCGCCGCCGCGCCGCCCGACGCCCCGCGGCCCGGCGGGCAGCCCCGGCAGACGGACGGGCCGCCGGGGGACCCGCCGCCGCCGCCCCAGGAGGAGGAAGAGGAGGAGGAGGGAGCGGGGCAGGAAGAAGAAAGCGAGUCUGAGGCGCCCCCCGAGCCGCCGCCGCCCGCCGCCGAGGAGCCCGCCGAGCCCGAGCAUCUGCCUUCUCAGCCGCCCUCCCCUCAGCCGCCGUCCGGCCGUGAAAGCCCUCAGAAGGCCGAGCCCGAGGCCGAGCCGCCGGUCGGGGCCGAGCCCGAGGCCGAGCUAGCGGCGGAAGCCAAGAGCGAGCCGCCGGAGGAGGCCGAACCGCCGGCCGAGCCCGGCGCGGCGCAGGAGGACGAAGAGGCCGCGCCCGCCGCCCCCGCCGAGCCCGAGGACGAGAUUUCCUUCAGCGACCCCGAGGACUUCGUAGACGACAUCAGCGACGAAGAAUUGCUUGGUGAUGUGCUGAAAGAUCAACCGCAGGAAGCAGAUGGAAUUGACUCAGUAAUUGUGGUGGAUAAUGUUCCCCAGGUUGGACCAGACCGACUUGAAAAACUGAAGAAUGUCAUCCACAAAAUAUUUUCCAAGUUUGGUAAAAUUAUCAAUGAAUUUUAUCCAGAAGCAGAUGGGAAGACAAAAGGGUACAUCUUUCUGGAGUACAUGUCUCCAUCUCAUGCAGUGGAUGCUGUGAAGAAUGCAGAUGGAUACAAACUGGAUAAACAGCACACUUUCAGAGUCAACCUUUUCACAGACUUUGAUAAGUACAUGACAAUCAGUGAUGAAUGGGAAAUCCCUGAGAAACAGCCAUUUAAGGAUUUGGGGAAUCUCCGAUACUGGUUGGAAGAUCCUGAUUGUAGGGAUCAGUACAGUGUGAUCUUUGAGUCAGGAGACCGGACCUCCAUUUUUUGGAAUGAUAUCAAGGAACCUGUUCAAAUUGAGGACAGAGCACGGUGGACAGAAACCUAUGUACGUUGGUCUCCGAAGGGUACCUACUUGGCCACAUUCCACCAGAGAGGCAUCGCACUUUGGGGUGGCGAGAAGUUCAAGCAGAUUCAAAGGUUUAGUCACCAGGGAGUGCAGCUUAUUGACUUCUCACCCUGUGAAAGGUAUCUAGUGACCUUCAGCCCUUUGAUGGACACACAGGAUGACCCUCAGGCUAUUAUCAUCUGGGAUAUUCUGACGGGGCAAAAGAAGCGAGGAUUCCACUGUGAAAACUCAGCUCACUGGCCUAUUUUUAAAUGGAGUCAUGACGGUAAAUUCUUUGCUCGAAUGACUUCAGAUACCCUUAGCAUCUAUGAAACACCUUCUAUGGGUUUGUUGGACAAAAAAAGCUUGAAAAUCACCGGGAUAAGAGACUUCUCAUGGUCUCCAGGUGGUAACAUAAUUGCUUUCUGGGUGCCUGAGGACAAAGAUAUCCCAGCCAGAGUGACUUUGAUGCAGCUGCCUUCUAGACAAGAAAUUCGUGUGCGGAAUUUGUUCAAUGUUGUAGAUUGUAAACUACACUGGCAGAAGAAUGGGGAUUACCUGUGUGUGAAAGUAGACAGGACUCCCAAAGGCACACAGGGAGUAGUGACCAACUUCGAAAUAUUCCGAAUGAGAGAGAAACAGGUGCCAGUGGAUGUGGUGGAAAUGAAAGAAAGCAUCAUAGCCUUUGCUUGGGAACCAAAUGGAAGCAAGUUUGCUGUGUUGCAUGGGGAAACUCCACGAAUUUCAGUUUCCUUUUACCACGUGAAAAACAACGGGAAAAUAGAGCUCAUAAAAACAUUUGACAAACAGCAGGCAAACACGAUAUUCUGGAGUCCUCAAGGGCAAUUUGUAGUAUUGGCUGGCCUCAGAAGCAUGAAUGGUGCCUUAGCAUUUGUUGAUACAUCUGACUGCACCAUGAUGAAUAUUGCUGAACACUAUACCGCUUCAGAUGUGGAAUGGGAUCCUACAGGCAGAUACAUUGUGACUUCUGUGUCUUGGUGGAGCCACAAGGUGGACAAUGCAUAUUGGUUAUGGACCUUCCAAGGCCGUCUACUUCAGAAAAACAAUAAAGACAGGUUCUGUCAGCUUCUCUGGAGACCACGGCCAACCACCUUGCUCAGCGAGGAUCAGAUAAAGCAAAUUAAGAAGGAUCUGAAGAAAUACUCCAAGAUAUUUGAGCAGAAAGAUCGCCUGAGCCAGUCCAAAGCUUCAAAGGAGCUGGUGGAAAGGAGACGUACAAUGAUGGAAGAGUUCAGGAAGUACCGCAAGAUGGCACAAGAGUUGUACAUGGAGCAGAGGAACGAGCGUUUAGAGCUUCGAGGAGGGGUAGACACAGAUGAGCUGGACAGCAAUGUCGAUGACUGGGAGGAGGAAACUGUUGAAUUUUUUAUCAAUGAAGAAAUUAUUACCCUUGCAGAACCAGAGUAAUUAAUAAAACUGUGCACCACCAUAUCUUGUGCUGAAAAGAGAAGUUUGUUCAUUUUCAGAAAGCCUACAUCAACUUUGGAGUUUUUAAUCCAUAUUCUUGCACUCUGGAAGGGUGGAUGUACCAGAUUUUCUCCAUUCUGACACAUUGUAGUGCCUUUAAGUCUUGCUGCCUGCUGCAGUAAGAUACUGGAAAGGCGCUGCUUUUAAAUUUUAUUUUUUUUUUUUUUUAGGGUUUGAUUUAUCCCCCCCCCUCCCCCUUUUUUAAAUCCACUUCUACCAGUAUUUACUCCCUGACUCCUGUGCAGUACUUACCAGCUGGCAGUUUUUGACUGUUGCCAGUGAGGUGAGAUCCAUCAGUGCACCUCUGUCUUACACACACACACAAUGUUUCUGUUUCAGGACUCUUUCUAUGUCCUAAGUGCAUGGACAGGUGUUCAUUUUGUUUGGGGAAAAGUCAACAGAACCAUUUUUCGUAUGAUGUGUUUUAGUGUGCUGAAGCAGCACUACAGUGGGCUAUAUCCUCCUCCUUUCAGAUUGUGAAAGGAUGUCUCCCUCAGAGCUGAAUAUGGAAAUAAAAGCAGACCUAUACUAAAA